AUGCUGUUGNUGGCGGACGCGGGCGCGCGCGUGGACGCGCCCAGCGACAGCGGCUCCACGCCCGUGCGCUCGGCCUGCUUCAUGACGCACCUGGACGUGGUGCGCUUCCUGGUGCAGCGCGGCGCCGACAUCCACCGCCCCAACCACAACGGCGGCACCUGCCUCAUCAACUCCGUGCAGUCCGUGCGCCUCUGCACCUUCCUGCUCGAGCACGGCGCGCAGGUGGACGCGCUGGACAUGCAGCACAAGACGGCGCUUCACUACGCCAUCCAGGAGCACCGCGUGGAGACGGCGCGCCUGCUGCUGGAGCACGGCGCCGACCCGCACCUCGCCUCGCGCGCCGGCGACGACGCGCUGCGCACCGCCUGCCUCAAGCAAUAUAUUGCUGAUGUUUGCAAUUGUACGGUGACGCACCGUACAUGUUCCGGGCCACCAGAGAUGGAGGCGGGAUGA